AUGGCUCCCCUGGCCUCCCCUCCGCUCCCGUCCCGCACUUCCGUCACCGCCCCUCGCUUCCUCGCCGCCCCCGCCACCCGCGUGCUCAGCCCGUCGCGGUCCGCGUCGCCGCUCCUCUCCUCCGCCUCCGCAGGCCGCUUCCCUCACGCCCCUCGCGCUCCCUGCAGUGCCUCCCGCGAGCACCGCCGCGACACCGUGCGGGAAUGCUCUCGAGUUGAUGCUGCUGAACCUGCUCCAUUAUCAAAGACACUGUUAGACCUCAAGGAUUCCUUCUGGAGAUUUCUAAGGCCACAUACAAUCCGAGGAACUGCUUUAGGAUCCAUAUCAUUGGUUGCGAGAGCCUUGAUAGAGAAUUCCCAUCUGAUAAACUGGUGGUUGCUAUUCAAAGCAUUCUAUGGGCUUGUAGCGUUGAUCUGUGGCAAUGGUUACAUAGUUGGGAUUAAUCAGAUCUAUGAUGUUGCUAUUGACAAGGUAAACAAACCAUAUUUACCCAUUGCUGCCGGUGAUCUCUCAGCUGAAUCAGCAUGGUUGUUGGUGAUAUUAUUUGCAGCUGCAGGUUUUUCAAUUGUUAUAUCGAACUUUGGACCUUUCAUUACCUCUCUAUACUGCCUUGGCCUAUUUCUUGGCACUAUAUAUUCUGUUCCUCCAUUCAGACUGAAGAGAUAUCCUGUUGCUGCUUUUCUUAUCAUCGCAACGGUUCGCGGUUUCCUUCUCAACUUUGGCGUGUACUAUGCUACUAGGGCUGCACUAGGUCUUACAUUCCAAUGGAGCUCCCCUGUUGCUUUCAUUACAUGCUUCGUGACACUAUUUGCUUUGGUCAUUGCUAUAACCAAAGAUCUCCCUGAUGUUGAAGGAGAUCGCAAGUACCAAAUAUCAACUUUGGCAACAAAGCUUGGUGUCAGAAAUAUUGCAUUCCUUGGAUCUGGUUUAUUAUUAGCAAACUAUAUUGCUGCUAUUGCUGUAGCUUUUAUCAUGCCUCAGGCUUUCAGGCGCACUGUAAUGGUUCCUGUGCACGCUGUCCUUGCAGCUGGUUUAAUUUUCCAGACAUGGGUUCUGGCGCAAGUGAAGUACACAAAGGAUGCUAUUUCGCAGUACUACCGGUUCAUCUGGAAUCUCUUCUAUGCUGAAUAUAUCUUCUUCCCGUUAAUAUAG